CAAGUUCCAUUAGCUGAGAGACGUAUUACUCCAGUUCAUUUUAAAUUAGUGAAGUGAAUAGAUAUUAGUAAUCAUCUUUGCAAUCAUGAAACAUUUUCGUUCAGUACUAAUCAGUGCUAUUUUAUACACAACUUUAUUGUUGGCUACUUAUUUUCGGAUAACCUGUGCGCAGCUCAUUUAUGAAGAAGACUUAGAUUUACGCGUAGGGUCGGAUUGUAAAACUGAGAAAAAUUUAACUGGUGUUUGCACAAAAGCAUCCCAUUGUUCUAAAAUUAAAUUAGAAAUAUCUUCUACUAAGAUUUGUUCAUUUGACGGUAUAGAAGCAAUAGUAUGCUGCGUUCGGACUAGCCAACUGGUGUGUCAUAACUUUCAAAUAUUUAAUGGGAAGCUUGGUCUAAUACCUGAAAAACACCACUUUAUUGGUGGAAUCCGAGCCCAGCCACGGCAAUAUCCUCACAUGGCUGCUAUCGGAUGGAGUAACGAUAUUGACGGCGUUAGCUGGAAAUGUGGUGCAAGUUUAAUAUCGGACAAUUUUGUUUUAACCGCUGCUCAUUGCUCAACCUCCAGAGGGGUUGCACCGGAUAUCGUAAGAGCGGGAGUAGUAAAUUUGGUGAAGGAAGAUCCAACGGGAAGACCUCCGGUCGAUUUUGCUAUUGAGUCGAUUAUUGUACACCCAGAAUACAAAGCUCCAUCGACAUACCACGAUAUAGCUCUUUUCCGAAUCAAACCUACUAUAGAUUUAGAUGAUUUGAAACCAAUUUGUCUUUGGCCAAUAAAGGAAAUAAUUGGAACGGAUUUGUUAGGAAUGGGCUUUGGUACAACCAGCUUUGGAGGUCCACAGGCAAAUGAACUAUUCGUUGGAACCUUGAACUACGUUUCUCAAAAUCAAUGUCAAGUAGCCUUCGCUACUAGACAAAGUGAAGAACUAAAGAAUGGGAUCAUUGACAGUCAAAUGUGUGCAAAAGAUCGCGAAAAUAAACGGGACACAUGUCAGGGUGAUUCUGGAGGACCACUUCAACUCAAAGGAGACGCUACAUGGUAUAGGAAGAACUACUUGGUUGGAAUAACCUCUUUUGGCGAAGGAUGUUUAGGACCAGUACCCGGAGUAUACACCAGAAUACAUUCAUAUUUGGAAUGGAUAGAGCGCAUUGUUUGGCCCGAUUUUUUCUAAACUAUGAUAGAUAUAGAAUAUGACAGAUAUUUAUUUUAUUAUGCCAAUUAUUUCAUUCAGUUUCGUUGUUUGAAGCAGAGAAAUAGUCAAAUAAAAACUAUUGACUUUGAUU